AUGAACGUGAACAAGCGACCGAAAAUACCAAUUACGAAAUGCGAUCAAUACCAGGAACUGCAAAAGGAUUCAGAAAAAACACCACUAACAGAGCAGAGUUGCCAUGGCUAUGCAUUGGACACGCUUCCGCCGGAAGUUCUGGAGAUGAUUUUUCGGUUGCUGCCUCUUCAUGAUGUUGCUACUUCUGUGCGUUUGGUUUCUAGACAUUGCUCAAUGGUGGCAGCGGCAGUGUUAAACGGCGCCUUCAUCGCGGCUUGCACGAAGCUGGAGAGCAUGACGAAGCGGAACGAGAGCGCCAUGAAAUCUGCAAAGACAGACACCGAAUUAUUGGUCUGUAGCAGAGCUUUAAACGCUCUGGAAUUGAUCAAAGCACAGUACAAAAUGCUACGAGCCGUGACUUGGAGGUACACGCAUCCUCCGAUGAAGCAGCAAAAGUUCCCAAGGCUUUGUUUCUACGCCGGUAGUCUGCUCGACAAUCUGAACGAGCUUCUCAGUCGUGUAUCCAAGUAUCAUCCGUCCAUCGUCGGCCCUCGUUCACCAGAAUCGAGCGUCUCGUCCUUCAUAGCCAUCUGCAAACGAUUCAUGAACUUUUUCGAAAAGAUCUCGGAACGCAGGGUGAACAGAUCGGCCCUGAUUUCCGGAUGCAAGAUCGUAGACGUUCUAGACUGUCUCGUAGAAGGUCGACAAGUACUCCUCUUCAAAGUCUCGACUAAUAAACGAAAUACCGGGAGAAUCGUCAGCAUGAAGUUGAGAUACACGAUGAAACGCGCCUGGUUCACUUGCCUGGACGUUUUCAGAAAAAUCGACGAGAAUUCUUGGAGAGACGAACAACGCUUCAUGUACCUUCGAUUACGACGUCUAGUGGGCAGCGUGAACGAACAUCUCUUCGAGAAUUUGCAUUACGAGCACCAACUGCUGUUACAGAUUCCUUUGACACUUCCAUUGAGACCUCCGCCAGCUUCCACUUACUCGGGAUACGGAGAGUAUGGUGGACGGUUCUUUUAUUACGGGAAUAUGAAUAAAUACGCGUACGAGACGAAGUUUGUGCACACGGCGUACACAGCGAAUUUGACGGUUGAAACUGAACAACAGAUGCAGAGACCGCCGUCUUUCGAUCUGGUGAUCGAGAUCGAGCUGAAAUGCACGCCGGACUUGGCCCCACUUGCUGCUAGAUCGAUACUGAAAUCAGACGAGUUCAAAACUCACGAGAUGAGAACUUGUAGGAAUCAGCAACUACAUUUACGAAUGAACGUUGUAUGCCCAGCGUCGUUAGCUAAUAGAUUACCCGGUAACUUUGUAUGGGAAUUACGCAGCCCCCGGCGUAUGUUUACGGUGGAAGAUGUA